GGGGGGUGCCUCCCAGUUAGGCUGCUCGGGGGUCAGGGGUCAGGGACCCACUUGAGGAGGCAGUCUGCCCGUUCUCAGAUCUCCAGCUGCGUGCUGGGAGAACCACUGCUCUCUUCAAAGCUGUCAGACAGGGACAUUUAAGUCUGCAGAGGUUACUGCUGUCUUUUUGUUUGUCUGUGCCCUGCCCCCAGAGGUGGAGCCUACAGAGGCAGGCAGGCCUCCUUGAGCUGUGGUGGGCUCCGCCCAGUUCGAGCUUCCCGGCUGCUUUGUUUACCUCAUCAAGCCUGGGCAAUGGUGGGCGCCCCUCCCCCAGCCUUGCUGCCGCCUUGCAGUUUGAUCUCAGACUGCUGUGCUAGGAAUCAGCGAGACUCCAUGGGGUAGGACCCUCCGAGCCAGGUGUGGGAUAUACUCUCGUGGUGCGCCGUUUUUUAAGCCCAUCAGAAAAGCGCAGUAUUCGGGUGGGAGUGACCCGAUUUUCCAGGGCAGUGGCAGGUGUUUGGGCCAGAGAAGCCUGUCCAGGCCUUGGUGGGGGAGGACGCAGCAUUCUCCUGUUUCCUGUCUCCUAAGACCAAUGCAGAGGCCAUGGAAGUGCGGUUCUUCAGGGGCCAGUUCUCUAGCGUGGUCCACCUCUACAGGGACGGGAAGGACCAGCCAUUUAUGCAGAUGCCACAGUAUCAAGGCAGGACAAAACUGGUGAAGGAUUCUAUUGCGGAGGGGCGCAUCUCUCUGAGGCUGGAAAACAUUACUGUGUUGGAUGCUGGCCUCUAUGGGUGCAGGAUUAGUUCCCAGUCUUACUACCAGAAGGCCAUCUGGGAGCUACAGGUGUCAGCACUGGGCUCAGUUCCUCUCAUUUCCAUCGCGGGAUAUGUUGAUAGAGACAUCCAGCUACUCUGUCAGUCCUCGGGCUGGUUCCCCCGGCCCACAGCGAAGUGGAAAGGUCCACAAGGACAGGAUUUGUCCACAGACUCCAGGACAAACAGAGACAUGCAUGGCCUGUUUGAUGUGGAGAUCUCUCUGACCGUCCAAGAGAACGCCGGGAGCAUAUCCUGUUCCAUGCAGCAUGCUCAUCUGAGCCAAGAGGUGGAAUCCAGGGUACAGAUAGGAGAUACCUUUUUCGAGCCUAUAUCAUGGCACCUGGCUACCAAAGUACUGGGAAUACUCUGCUGUGGCCUAUUUUUUGGCAUUGUUGGACUGCAGAUUUUCUUCUCCAAAUUCCAGGGGAAAAUCCAGGCGGAACUGGACUGGAGAAGAAAGCACGGACAGGCAGAAUUGAGAGACGCCCGGAAACACGCAGUGGAGGUGACUCUGGAUCCAGAGACGGCUCACCCGCAGCUCUGCGUUUCUAAUCUGAAAACUGUAACCGAGAGAAAAGCUCCCCAGGAUGUGCCUCACUCUGAGAAGCGAUUUACAAGGAAGAGUGUGGUGGCUUCUCAGAGUUUCCAAGCAGGGAAACAUUACUGGGAGGUGGACGGAGGACACAAUAAAAGGUGGCGCGUGGGAGUGUGCCGGGAUGAUGUGGACAGGAGGAAGGAGUACGUGACUUUGUCUCCCGAUCAUGGGUACUGGGUCCUCAGACUGAAUGGAGAACAUUUGUAUUUCACAUUAAAUCCCCGUUUUAUCAGCGUCUUCCCCAGGACCCCACCUACAAAAAUAGGGGUCUUCCUGGACUAUGAGUGUGGGACCAUCUCCUUCUUCAACAUAAAUGACCAGUCCCUUAUUUAUACCCUGACAUGUCGGUUUGAAGGCUUAUUGAGGCCCUACAUUGAGUAUCCGUCCUAUAAUGAGCAAAAUGGAACUCCCAUAGUCAUCUGCCCAGUCACCCAGGAGUCAGAGAGAGAGGCCUCUUGGCAAAGGGCCUCUACAAUCCCAGAGACAAGCAACAGUGAGUCCUCCUCACAGGCAACCACGCCCUUCCUCCCCAGGGGUGAUGUGUAGGAUGAAUCACAUCCCACAUUCUUCUUUAGGGAUAUUAAGGUCUCUCUCCCAGAUCCAAAGUCCCGCAGCGGCUGGCCAAGGUGGCUUCCAGAUGAAGGGGGACUGGCCUGUCCACAUGGGAGUCAGGUGUCAUGGCUGCCCUGAGUUGGGAGGGAAGAAGGCUGACAUUACAUUUAGUUUGCUCUCACUCCAUCUGGCUAAGUGAUCUUGAAAUACCACCUCUCAGGUGAGGAACCAUCAGGAAUUCCCAUCUCACAGGCUGUGGUGUAGAUUAAGUAGACAAGGAAUGUGAAUAAUGCUUAGAUCUUAUUGAUGACAGAGUGUAUCCUAAUGGUUUGUUCAUUAUAUUACACUUUCAGUAA